AUGUCAGUUAUUGCACAUGUAGACCAUGGAAAAUCCACCUUAACAGAUUCUUUAGUAUCAAAGGCUGGUAUUAUUUCUUCGGCAAAAGCUGGUGAAGCAAGAUUUACUGACACCAGAGCAGAUGAGCAGGAACGUUGCAUCACCAUUAAAUCUACUGCCAUCUCAAUGUACUUUGAAUUAGCAAAAGAUUCUCUUUCUGACAUCAAACAAAAAACAGACG